CAACUCCAUCACCGCAAGAUGUAGCUCACAAGUGAACGUGCCAAACGAGUCCAAGCAUGCAGAUCCAAAGUGUGAGGGGCAUCGUUAUCCAGGCAGCUUCACCGAAGUCGCCCCUGACGACACGACAAUUAAAGCGCCCCUGAUCCGCAUCCGCAGGGACCGCGCUGCCACUACUGCCCACUUCACUGGCCUUCUAUCGUCUCCAGCAGCGUUUACGCGAUUGUGUUGGUAUUGACCGUAGGCGAAGCAGGAGGUCGAUUAGUGGAUUGGAUUUAUUAGCGGCCCACGUUGGCUGGAGGAGCCGCUCUCUGUGGAGCUGACCGCCGCUUUUAUUAGGGUGAGAGGAGCUCCAGUCUUGAGGAAGGGAAGCAAGAAAGCAAAAUGGAUCUGGUCCAGAUUGCAGUGUCCCUUCACAUCAUCCUGUGUCCCGCCUGGACCGUUUCCCAUCAGCACCACAUCGACAGCGCCCUUUGGGCCCGCUCAGGGCUCAGGUUGCCGGCGGAGCCCAUGAGGUUCGAGCCCUGUUGCCUCACGUCGCCGCCGCCGCCGCCGCUCUUCCCACCGCCGCCCCUGCUGUGGAAGCGGGGCAGCCCUGUAGUUAUCCACCAAUGCACUCACACACACACACACACACACACACACACACACACACCUGCUGUAGAAGUGCAGCUCAUUUACACACAUUUGUACACGCACGCCUUUGAUUUUGUGCCUCUGUGUUCCAAGGAGGGUUUGAGCAUAUUGGAGCCGGGCGUUGUUGCAGUGGAGGUGCAGGAGGAGGAGAAACCGGCGACACCAGAGUGUCGGUCUGGACCCCCGGGACCUCCAGGACCCCGUGGACCAGAGGGUCACGGUGGAUUACCUGGCAUAAGAGGACCGAAGGGAGAGAAGGGAGAAAUUGGACGUCCUGGGUCAAAGGGUCGUACUGGUGCUCCAGGACUCCCAGGGAAACAAGGACUUCCAGGAUGGCCUGGCCCAGAGGGACCUAAAGGUGAGAAAGGAGAUCCAGGACUCAUGGGGUUACCAGGACUGAGAGGACCUCCAGGGACAAAGGGUUUACCUGGUUACAAAGGAGAUAAGGGCUCUCCUGGUGAUCCUGGAUCAGUAGGACCAAAAGGCGAUAAGGGCUCUGUUGGUUUGCCUGGGAUGCUCGGCCAGAAGGGUGAACAGGGACCAAAGGGAGAGCCAGGGGUGCCAGGGAGGAGAGGCCCCACUGGGCGGCCUGGGAAAAGAGGCAAACAGGGCAUUAAAGGGCAGACUGGAGCUGCAGGGGUCAUGGGCCCCCCUGGCCCACCAGGUCCACACGGUCAGCCUGGUCCACCCGGUCCACCUGCCGCAGGACUGUAUUUAGUAGGAGAAAAGGGAGAGAAGGGUCUCCCAGGGUCUCCAGGCCGCUGUGACUGUGACAGACUUAAUAAUGCUCCAUUUGGAAGCUACACGCAACGGGGCGGCCCCAAUAAAGUCCCAGCUAUAUUUGUUGUCAGCAAUGAGGAGGAGAUGAACCGACUACAUCUGGACAAUGCAAUAGCAUUCCGGAAGGACCAGAGGAUGCUGUACUUUAAAGACAAAGAUGGAUGGAAGUCCAUACAGCCUUUCCAGCCGUUCCAGUCCACAGAGAAAGCAUCGGACAGGGUCGGUGCAUGUGGGGAUGGAAAGGUGCAGGCCCAGCACGGAGAGGAGUGCGAUGACGGAAACCAGAUUGUCACCGAUGCUUGUCUCAACUGUAAGUGGGCUUACUGUGGAGAUGGCUACCGACAUGAAGGCAUGGAGGAGUGCGAUGGCAAGGACUUUGGUUAUCAAACAUGCAAGUCCUAUAUUCCUGGAUCUUUUGGGCAACUCAGAUGCACAGACUCCUGCCUUAUCGAUUCCACUGGCUGCAAAUCUUUUCACUUGAACUGAGAAAUAUCACCAACAGAUGAUCUCUAAUCAGGAUCCUGCUUCAGAUGUCUACUGAAGUCUCACCUUUGAAAGAAGAAACAGAACUAAGGGGGAGAAUUCUCUAGUUCCCUGCGUGUCUGCUGUGAAUGGGCUCUCCAGCCCCACAGGGCCAAUUCCUUCACUGGUCUCAGGGAACGGCUCCCUGUUGCUGACACAUCACCGGCUGCAGCACUGUUAUGGAUGUUAGUGGUGGUGGGAAACAUUUUAACAAUAUAAGGAUUGUAUUAUAUGAAAUAUUUACUGUGUACGAGCGGCUGACUGUUACUUUAAAAAUAAGCUGUGAUCUAAAAUAAUUUUGUAAAGAGAGAGAAACACGACCACCGUAGAGUUAUCUAUAUGUACUGUAAUAUGCAAAUCACAUGUAAAUGUGUUUGUGCCAUAUUAAUAUACUCAUGAAGUGCAAUGCUGUUAUAGUGCAUGUGAAUGUAAACCGCACAACAGACUGCAUUAGGCUCUAUUGUCAGCGUGGACAUUUGAAAGUGAUUGUCCAUAAAUUCAAAGACAGAACUGAAUGUUACUGUAUAGUGCAAUAACAGAAUUAGUGAAUGUUGUAGCAGCAUGAAGAAACUGCUCCACUACCGAAGAAGACUGAAUUAAUUCAAAUACGUCAUUAAUAAUGUGCUUGCAUGACUGUAAAUUGCACACAUUUAUGUACGCUAAUAAAAAUAAAGCCUAAAGUUCA